AUGGUAGGCGCCGUUCUGAGUCUGUCUAUUGAAUCACACCCCCACGCCAUAGGCACAUGCCCCCUUGAGCAGCAACGAAUCUAUGCAUCCAUUCGAGAAGUAUGGAUAACAAGUCAUCAAUCUCUUCAAAAUUUUGACCAUCACUUGGGAGAUUUCUUGACGAGUAUGCCAAUGCCACUUGAUGGCUUUUACUACAAAAGCGCCAUUCUUGGAGAUAAGACUGGACUCUUUGUGAACUUAGCGCUUUGA